AUGCUUACCGCUCGGGGAAGCACGGUCAUGAUAAGAAUCAAAAGAACCACCGGAAGAUCCUUCAUUGUGUCUGCUUCACGCAGUGAUACGAUCUUAUCAAUUAAAGAAAGAAUCACUACAAAAACAGGAUUAUUUCCCCGCCAGCAGAGGCUUGUUUUUCAAGGAAAAGUCCUUGUUGACGAACUCUCAGUGGGAUUUUAUACGUCAUUAAAUUGCCCAACAAUGUAUUUAGCUCCGGUGAAAGAAAAUUGGACGAUUCAGAAAAAGCCCGAAGAAAAAUUAGAUCGACUAAUCACACUCACCAACCAAUUAGAAAACAUAACAUCUGAAAAGUAUAAUGAAGUUGUAAAUGAAAUCAAAGAUUUAUUAGAAGAUUCAAUCUUGAUCGCAUAUUCAAGGAUAAACGACCUUGCCCUACAAUCCAUGGUACUGGCACAAGAAGCGUUAGAGACCACAGAGCGUCCGCCUUCCCGUCAGAUUGAAAAUUACGUUGCUAAAACAACGGAUUAUGCAUUAAGCCUUGUCGAAGCCGCACCGGAUGGUUUGCGAAUGCUUCAGUCAUUUAUCGAAGACUCUUCGAGUGAAGAAGAACCUUAUUGUAAUACCCCAACAAAUAUCGACUAUAAACCAAAGCUCAUGACAAAGCCUCUACCGCCAUUGAAGGGAUAUAAGAACGUACUCCAAUCCUCUGGCUACAGAACCUUACAAACUCGAAAGGAUUCGCCUUUAGCUACAAAAGAUGUUGGAACAUCAUUCUUUCAGUUUACUGAUAACUCGGAUAACGAUGAAAUGUACGAAUUCUCGCCCCAAGAUGACUAUGAUCAAAAUUUAAGCCUGAAAUUCGCUCCACAAGUUGAAAUUUUGAAGACAAUGGGGUUCAAAGAUGAACAUUGGAUCAUUAAAGCCUUAGGAGAGACAAACGGAAAUGUCCAGAAAGCAGCCAAACUGCUUCAAAACAAAUUCUUUUCCAACUUCUAA